AUGGCAAGAAUCUCACUAGGGAUAUGUCUGAUGGUGCUAGUAGUAGCAUCAAGUGUGAUAUACGAAGCGCAAGGAACGUUCUUACUAAAGAAGUACUUGAGGAAUAAUUUCCCAAGAAAGUGCAACGAGUUUACGCCUUACGCUAACAAAGGUAUGAUCUUGUUGGUGACUAACCUGGAAAGUGGCUGUCCCGCCACAGCAGAGUUCAAGAACUUCUUUUCACAGUUCAAGUCUUACAUGAGCUUCAUCGAAACGGCAUCGGCCUCAUCGAAAAACAUCGACGUGGAGAUUACUACAAAAUGCGAUGGCCUCUUCAAGGCUAUGUCAGUAUUGAAUGGUGGUGCAGGCGGCAAAUCAGCGGAUGCAGGGGGUUUGAAAGUUGCCUUGAUUUCCAUGGGGAAGACUUUGGUUGAGCAGAAGAAGAGUGCAGUGGUGAUGACGGUCGCUCAGAAGAAGAGGCUCAUCGUGGCUAUGGUGAAGUGGACUAAAAUGGUCGCUACAUUCGUGAAGACGGCCUCCGAGAAGAAAGGAAAGACCAUCGAUAUCAAAACUUACGAGCUUGAUGUCGAUGUCAAUGACAAAUCUAUCAUCGGUGUAAGUGCAAGUGCUGGAACCACCGAAAAAUCAUCAUCAUCCUCAUCAUCAGCCUCUGGUGGUAACACCAAGACCGAGAACACACCCUCUGGUAACACCAAAUCCGAAAACGCUUCCAAGACAAAAGAAAGCAAAUCCGAAAAAAAGUCAUCCUCUGGUGGUGACGCCAAAACUGGAGCUGCGGGAGGUGCAACCACUUACAAGGACACAACAGGUGCAUAUUCCGGAAGUCCGAGCGGAAGUCCCACAGGCAGCCCUUCUGGUUCAGCUUAUGCCGGCGGCGAAACCGCUGUGAAAGGAAGCUCAAGUGGUAGCGGAGAUUCUUCUACCAAGACCAAGAGCGAAAGCAAAGGUGCAGCAGCGGGUGAAACCAAAACUACUAGUGGCUCAUCUUACAAGACCAAGACCGAAAGCAAAGGUGCAGCAGCGGGUGAAACUAAAACUACUAGUGGCUCAUCCACCACAACGGUGAAGCAAGUCGAGAGUGAUACUUCCAAAGAAGUGAUGUCAUUCAUAAUGGGACUCGAGAAGAAGUACGCAGGAAAGGCAGAGCUCAAGGUCUUCUUCGAGAAACUCAAGGCUUCCAUGACCUCCGUCGCCACCAUCUCUUCCAAAACCGCUAAAGACUAUGUUUCCACAGCAAGAUCAGCCACUGGUAAACUCGCUGAAACCAUGACUUUCGUGGGUUCCAAGUUUAGCAAAUCCGCAAAGAUGAAGAGCCACAUGGAAACUUGCCAAGAUCAAAUGUUGAAGGCUCUCAAAGACCUAGAAGCUAUCAACAGCAAGAUCGUGACCGAGAAGACGGUGACAACCACACAACAGACAGAGAUUAAGCAGACAAUCACAAAGUGGGAAAAAGUCACAACCCAGUUUGUUGAGGGUGCUGCUUCUUCGUCUUCAUCUUCAUCUUCAUCUUCAUCAUCUUCAUCUUCCUCGGGCAUGAUCAAGAACAAUUAA